GUGCCAACCCCACCCCUCUCUUCCCUUUUUUUCCUCAUUCUUCUUGUCCUGUUUACUAAGACCGCCUCAGAAUGCUUCGAAAUCUGUGGACUGUUCGCGCUAGAUCGCGAUCGCUCCUGCCUUCUUUGCAAUGCACCCGAUCGUAUGCUACACCAACUCCAGCAAGCCUUGAAGAACGAGACAAGAAGUUGAACGAAUUAAACGUAAUAACAGUAAGCAACAAGUUUUGUCUGUCAACUAUCAACUCAACAUAUACGCACACAACGGAUGUAUAGGAAGCGGUGCAGCGCUGCAUGGCCGACAAAAAGGUGCUGGAAGAACGCAGCACCAAGGAAGUUGCCACGCAACGAGACUACGCGAUCCAAAAGUUUGCCAAGGAUCUGCUAGACACCGUUGACGUGCUGGGCAUGGCCAAAGCAUCGAUCCCUGCAGAGUUUCGCAAUGCGGAAUCAAUUCAGAAGCAUACUGCGGAUGAGAUCGUUGACAAGCUGACCAAUCUUUAUACCGGUAUGACCAUGACCGAAACCGAACUCGUCAAGACGCUGAAACGCCAUGGUGUGGAAAAGUUGGAACUGCAACAAGGCAAACAGUUUGAUGCGACCAAGGCUCAAUCUGUGUUGAGCAAAGAAAUCCCAGGCAAGGAGCCGGGCACAAUCUUUACGGUCAAGAAGUCUGGCUACACCAUACGAGGACGUAUGCUACGACAUGCUCAAGUAGGCGUUGUCGCAGAAAAGCGGUCAUACGCUGCACAAGCGGCUACACAGAGGGCCUCACAGCCGCCGUCGCAGGUCAAUAGCUUAAAGACGACAUUGUGCUUUUCAAUUACGGAUAAGGUGGGUGCCCUGGAGAACUGCUUGACUGCCAUCAAGGCCAUGGACGUCUCAUUGACCCGUAUCGAGUCACGACCCAGCCGUACUUCAGAUUGGGACUAUGAUUUCUUUGUGGAUCUGAAGGCUCGCGACGCCGUGCAAGUGAACAAUCUGGUAGAAGGUCUUCGUGCGCAUACAGCGGACGUACGUGUUAUCGGCGCUGAUGGCAAUGCACUGGAUAGUGUGCCAUGGUUCCCACGUAAGAUGACAGAUCUCGACACGUUUUCUGAAAAGGUGCUUGAGAUGGGCGGGGAGUUGAGUUCUGACCACCCCGGUGCUCACGAUCCCGAGUAUCGUGCUCGUCGAGCCGACAUUACACGCAUGGCAAAGGCAUUCCGCACAGGCGAUCCUGUCCCUCGCGUCGAUUACACUCCUGCAGAAAACGACGCAUGGGGUCAGGUCUAUCGUCGACUGACGCAAAUGUACAAAACACAUGCCUGUCGUGAGCAUCAGUACGUCUUCCCAUUGCUUGAACAAAACUGUGGCUACAGCGACAAGGAAAUUCCGCAGUUGGAGACUGUGUCGCGCUUCCUGAAGGAUUGCACAGGUUUCCAGAUCCGUCCUGUCAUGGGCUUGUUGACAAGUCGUGACUUUUUGAAUGCCUUUGCCUUCCGCGUCUUCCAUUCGACCCAGUAUAUUCGCCAUCCUUCGCAACCCUUCUAUACCCCUGAGCCCGAUGUGUGUCACGAGUUGCUCGGCCAUGCACCUUUGUUUGCAGAUCCCGACUUUGCAGACUUUUCACAAGAGAUUGGUUUGGCUUCGCUGGGGGCUUCGGACGAAGACGUCAAGAAACUCGCCACCAUUUUCUGGUUCACUGCAGAGUUUGGUGUGUGCCGUCAAGGAGAUGAGCUCAGGGCUUAUGGUGCUGGUUUGUUGAGCUCAUUUGGCGAAUUGGAAUACAGUUUGUCGGACAAGCCGGAACACCGACCCUUUGAGCCAGAAAAGACUGCUGUUACAGAGUAUCCCAUCACAACGUUCCAACCAGUUUACUAUGUGGCCGACUCGUUCAAGGAUGCACAAGAAAAAGUACGCAACUUUGCAGCCACAAUGAACCGUCCAUUCUCGGUGCGAUACAAUGCAUUAACACAAACAAUUGAGGUGCUCGAUACCAAGGACAAAGUAGUUCGUUUUGCCAAAGGCAUUAGAGACGAUAUGAAGACAUUAACCACCGUAAUUGAAUCACUUUCUCAUUAAAUUUAUAUAAUAGUACAAUGACAGAAAAAAAAAAUU